AUGCCGUCACAGGUACCCGCAUGCUUUUCCAAGCUUCCCGAGCUGGAAGAAACUGUGGUCGCAGUUGCGGCUUGUACUCUGGUUCUCCUGUUCUCACUCCACAUUAAUGAUCGUCCUGAGCGUCUUGGCUCACCUAGCUUCCUAUUUGCGGACGACGUCAAGGUUGUUGGAUCAGACGGAAGAACAGAACCAGCAAGGGAAGUGAAGUGCUCAAGUGGUCAAGUACAUGUGAUCUGUCCCUCAACACCGGAAAGAGCCAUCUUGUCCACGCGAGACGAGGGGGCUAGUCCUGGAGAAUAG